AUGUAAUCAGGAUAAUUGUUGAAUCUGUAGAGAUUAGAACGGUCUUAUUUGCAGACACUGUCUUAGAAUGGUUGGGAGUCUCCACUUGUGGUUAAUGCAGCUGUUGAGUUUGCCAAUACAUUGAUCAAAGAUGGAAGACUGCUUUUGAAAUAGGGAAAUAGUACUUAGGCAGAAAUGUUUUUUAAUAGAGCAAAAGAGAUCACCACGCCAAUCUCAAUAACAAGCGGGAUAUUUUACACAAAUACUUUUGUGAAGUCAAGAGGCCAUGCAAUCCUUUAGAUCUCUUAAUUAUUUGAAUAAUAGGGACAAUAUUAAAAGGCUUGGAUGAAUCUAAGAGAAGUCUUGCCUUUCAUGGAGAAGUUCUCAUAUACGAAACGAGUCAAUAUAAGUGAAGAUGAUAAGUAAGUAUUAAAGUUGUAUUCAUAAUUACUUUAUCAUGGCAGUGAAGUUUGUAGAAUGAUGCAUCGCAAAGAUGACAUGUUAGAUUAAUGUAAUAAAUUGGUUGACAUUUUGUAAAGAUUGGGAAUUACAUUUGAUUCUUUGCGAACUUUGACAAAAGAGGAGUUUCAUUAAGAAUAUAAAAAAUGGUUUGUGAUGUUGGCUAGAGCAUUCUAUUAUAUAGGGAAAUCUCAAUUCAAGGUAGGAUUUGAAAGAGAGUCACUGAGAAAUCUAUACAAGGCUUGGUAAAUAUAGGAAUUGAUAUUUGGACCUGAUGCUCCAGCCACUAUGAAAGCUAGAGACAAAUAUGAAAAACUAAGUUAAAAGAUGGAAUUCGAAAUGAUUAUGGGAUAAGAGAAGGUAGACUUCCAGCAAUUCAAAGCUGAUCUCUAAAAGGAUGUUGGUUAAGAGUUGCUACGCAAAGUAGUAACGCUAAAACCAAACAAAAAUUUUGAUCAUCAUAUGUAGACACAAGUGAAAUCCUAUCAAUAAAUAGUGAGAUAGUUGUCGUCACAUUCCACCAAAUAUCAAUUGCCUGAGUAUGUAAAGAAAGUCAGAUAAGAAUAUGAAGAGAAACUGAAGACUAUUUCUAAUUAAUAAUAGAUUGACGAAUAUUAAUAGUAGCAAGAGAAGACAUUUCAAAUCAAGAAUAAGAAACUCUCAUCCAGAGCAGCAUCAACCUAUAUGAACUAGUCCUUACUCCCUCAGGAUAAAUUGUUUUCUCCUAGGUUGUCCUUGGCUGCUCAUUCUCAAAGAACUAGUCUAAUGAAUGAGAAUUAUAUGGAUAAAUUGAAAGUACAAUUGCAGGAAGCUUAGCUCAAGACAGAACCUAUUGAUGAGAUGAUGCUUAUGAGACCACAAUUUAAGUCAGAACAUCUUCAGUUAAAGAAGAAGACCAACAACAAAUAGGGAGACCAAAAUGAAUAGAUGACCUCAAAUAAGAAGAAAAUAAAAUCUAGUAGACUUAUACCCAGAAUGCUAAACAAAUAGAAUACACAAAUGUUACAUAACAAAUCUGAUACUUAAUAGAGUGAGCAGAAAUUACCCAAAUUGUAAACAGUUCAAGAUUUGAAUAUGCAACAGUAAUUGGAUGAAAUGAGAGUGCCCACUACUGAAUCUGUGUUGGCCCAAUAACAAUAAUCUCCUUCAUAAUAGGUUAUGAUCCCUCAGUUAUAGCAUGUGUAAACAGAAAUCACAGAGCAAAGCGAGACCCUUUUCUAUGACCUAUUGAAUAAAUAUUCGAUGGAAUAAUUGAAUUUGGCUGCUAAAAUCAUUUAACAAUAUUUUAGAAAGUACAAAUCCACAAUUAGGAAAAUUAAAACUACUCAAACUAUUGAGUUAACUCCUAUGGCAACAUAAAAACCACAAAGUCAAACAGCUUGCAAUGAUAAAUUAGAGAGCAAUCAAAGCAAUAGAACCACUAUGAAAGUCUCAGUAAAGGAACUCAAGAAUUCUAUCAGGAAGGGAGGAAGAUUCGAUUAGAUUGUUAGAGAGAUCAAAAAUAAUGAGGCUGAAUAAAUUAGUACAAACAAAGCUAAAACAUUAGUUUAAAUAAUUGUUGAUUUUUAUAAUCUCCCAGAAUAAGAAAUGUACUUCUUAGGUAAACUAUUCUUCGAUGAUGAGAUCAAAAUAUGGAAAUUGUCGAACAUAUCAAUAUGUGCAUUUAGUGACAGUGGAUAUGCAAACACUUAAACUGAUGAGGAUGAACAGAUAUCAUUUCCCAACACUCCUUCACAAUUAAGACAUCAACUACAACAUAUAAUGAAUAUCUUUACUGACUAACAAUCUAUUAUUGCAUUGCAAUUGAUAGUCUACUUCUAAUUGCAAAAUGACGAAUAGUAAUUUAAUGUGAAUUUCAAAAUCAAUAAUUUUGUUAGUUAUCUAGAUGAAUAUCAGAGAUGGUUUUCCAAAGAUCGUUUAGAAAAUUUUAAUGGUCUCCUCAGUAUAUACUGUAAGUAAUAGAAUCUAUAUGAACCUAACAAUUGUAAAACUAUAGUCUUCUUAAAAAGUGAUUUUGCUCAACAGAUCAUUGGCAAAUUAAUGUACGCUCUAAAGAAUCAUUACUAUCUUAUAAGAUCAGUGGUUGGAUAUAAAUUAGUGUCCAUGAAAGAUGCAAUCAAUAAGAAAUUGCUCAAUUAAAUAAUAGACAGUACCAAGUGUUAUAGGAAUAAGAAGAUAGAAAAGGAAAUAAAGAGAAUCAUGAUUCUCAAACAAUUUAAAAAUGAACCUAUUAAAUUAAUCGAACAUCAUCAAUAAGAACAACCAGUUGUCAUUUAGUCUACAUAACGAAGACAAUAAGUCUAUGCUGAUGAAUUUAUACAUGAAUAAAGCAUUGUCAUUUAAGAAUCUGAUGAUAACAAAUCUGAAGCCUCGCAAUAAAAUAUAUCUGAAUCAGAUUAAAAACGACCUUCUAUCAAUUUGAAAUCAAAUGAAAAUAGUUCCGAAAGAGAUUAAGUAAAGGAAAUUCCUUUAAGACAUCCCAAAAAAUAAAAUACAACCAUCAAUAAUAGAAACACAAUGAUUAGUCCUAGAAAUGCACCCAUCGUUUCAUCUUAAGCAUUAAUCAGAAAUAGUAUGGCUCCUAAAGUGGGUAAUCACCUAUCUGAAUUUGCAAGAAGAUAAUAAUAAUAAAAGGAAGCCUUCGAACCACCUUAAUCUAAAAAAAGUUUAGAAGAUCCAUAAGAAUAUAAGGAUAGAUCAUAAACUGAAAUUCAAUUGGUUCAAGAGUACUUCUCUGAAUUUCAAUUGGCAAAUUUGGAUGACUACUAAAACUAUUAACCAAAGGAAGGCCCUGUCAUUAAACUUAAUACUAAUGUGAAUAUGGAACCUUACUUUCCCCCCAAAGGUAUUAUCAUCUAACCAGAACCAGAAGAAUAUAUUAAUGAAUAUCCAGAUAAUUAUGUUGCACUUAAUCUUAUCUUUAAGCAAGAAAACACUAUAUUUAUUGGAUAUGUUUUAAUAUAAGAAUCCAAGGCCUUCCUUGUUAUAAACAAUUAAGAUGGCAGUAUAAGCAAAAAAGAAAUACACUUUGAUUUUGGUUUACGAUUACCUAAUAGAAGAUAGAAGUUAGAGAUAAUCAAUAAGUUAACUUAUGCAGAAAAAUAACAGAAAUUAUCCUUAAUUUAAGAACUGCUAAAAUAUGAUUACAGACAUACAUUGAUUUUAUUGGAUAGAUAUGUAAAAAGAAUUAAUCAUUAUGACGAAUUCAUAUAUAAUGAGAUAUAUUAAGAAUUAUAAGCUAGCCAAUUAUUACCUUUGACAGAUAUACAUAGUUUAAUUUAUUCAGAGAAGAUGGCCUCUUUAGUAAUAGAUUAAAAAGUGUAUCAAACAGAGGCUGAAGAAGGUUCUCGCCUCUCUAUUGUAAGUGAGCCUAAUUAAGAAAAUUAUGAUGAGAAAGUGUUAGAUGGGAAAUCAUUUAAAAAUUAUAGAAGUAAAUUCAGCAUUAUUAAGAAUAAAUUCUAUUUCAAAGACUUCAAUUCCUAUUUCAGGGUUGAGGUUUGUUUUAAAGAAAUUAAGGUGUUUGAUACUAAAUUAUUAUAUCUAAGUGAUCAAUAAGCCAAACAAGAUUUGAUUAUUCUGAAGAAGAAUAUGCAUGAAUUUAUUGGACUAAAAAAGUUAUAAAUUAAAAUUAGACUGUAUUAUCCGAAUCAAAGAUUAACAUAUUAUAGAACAGUACAUCAACUUCAAGAUGUUGAAAAAAUAUUACACAUUUUCAAUAAACCUUAAAUGAUCGGUUAUCAAAUUAGAUCCCAAUCUAAAAUUUAACAUCGAUUAAUAGGAAAAGCAUUACAAUUCAAAAGGCAUUAAAUUAGUUUGGAAGAGAGAAAUAGAGAUAAAUACAGUGCUUUAGAUUAAUUCUUAUUAAUGUACAUCUCCGAUCCUUCAUAGUUUAUUAGCAAUGAAAAUCAAAGACUGCUGAAACAAACAAUCCUCUUUUAUUAUUUCAAAUAACAAUUAAAAUUAACUUUAAUUUCAUCAAGUCGAUUGAGAUAUUUUAUGAAUACUUAUUUCCUUAGGAAAACAUUCAAUGCAUAGAGCAGAGUCAGCAAUAUUGGGAAAGUGUUCGUAGAAUGUGAAGUCUAUAAAUUCAAUAAGUUUUAUUUUGAUUAGGAAAACGGAGAGCACACUUACUUUUAUUUUUAGAUUACUCCUUAGGAAAGCAGAACCAAAGUAUUCAAAUUAGUUUUGGAUCUAGCAGAUAUCAAAAGUAUUUGUCCAAAAGUUGCUCUUAAUAAUUGUUUUAAUGAUAAGGUGUUACAUGAUGUACUCAAAAUUUUGACAGCCUACUUAAUUUGUUACAGAACUAACACUUAUCAUGGAAUUAAGAUUCCAUUAUCUUAUAUCAUAAAUCAAUCGAAAUAUGAUCUUCAUAAUACAUUUACAGAAGUUACUUAUGGAAGCAAUAUCUUAGAAGAGCAAUAGAAUGUUAGAUCCUCUUAACCUAAACUAUCUUUAAUAUUGAAUGAUAAUAAUUUUCGUAAAAAAUCACAAACACAAAUGAUGGAUGUUUAAAUUGAAAAUUUAUAAUUGCCAGCUGAAGCCAGUAGAAUUUUAAAGAAUACUUCUAUGUUGACACCAGUAUUUAGAGGAUAAAAAUUUAUAUAUAAAACUACUAAAGUUGUAAAUUCAAUGUAUGUCAUUAUUACUGUCUCGUAUUUGUCUAUGAACAAAUUUUAAAUUGGAUUGUAUAUUCCACAAACCUGCAGGAAUUUUAGUUGUUAUAUUUAAUAAAGUGAUUUCCAAUAAAUGAAUCCUGAAUUUCUAGAAUCUAUCUUCCCAUCUUGUUUGGUCACCAAAGAAACUAUUGACUAAUUUUAUAUAAAUAGAUGGAAAUUCUCAGAAAUGAGCAAGAUUUAUUAGAUUGCUGUCAACCAUCCAGAUGAAUUUGAAGAUUUUUAUAGUGAGAUGAGAAGUUAAGCAAGAGCCAUUCCGCAGUUGGAAUUAUAGAAAUUAACAGAAAGCAAAGUAUCAAUUAACAAUGAAGAUGAAUUACUAGAAAAACCUUAUGAUGACAUGCCUAAAUUACUUGAAUCUUUUAGCGAUUAAAGUAGGUAGAAUGUGAGAUCCUCUACUCAACCUCCUAUUUUCUUGAAGAAAUAGAUUGCCAAACAAUAUAGUGUGUAAAAUUCAAUUGGAAAUCUAAAUCCUAUGCGUUUGUCCUUGCCAACCUAAUAAUAAUAGAAUAUCCCUCGUGCAGAUAAGAGUCUAUUUUUCAAACAUAGUCCACGAAUCUCAAACCAAGGGAGCAUGGAAAAUUACUAUCAAAGUGAUAAAGAUCUAUUCUUCAAUCAAAUACUUGUUAGGAAGAAUAAUCUUGAUAUGAUUUCUACAUUCGAAAUUAAGAUUUGGGAAACUCUUAUGAAUAAGAUAACAAUUACUAAAAAUUCUCAAAAUCAUUUUAUUUUCAAUCUUGAUUCAUUCUAAGGAGUCUUAAGAGAAAAUCUGUACACUCAAGUAGUUUAUUUGGGUAAUGAAGUUAACGCUUUAUUUGAAGUGUUUGUUGAGAAUGUACGUAAACCACUAGACAUGUUUAAAGUGUGUGUUCCCAUCAGAUUGAAUGAAAGCUAAAACUUUUAACUUUAUCAAAGAAUUACUUUAUUCGAAGAACCUAAGGUAGUUAAUUUUAAGCUCAUGUUGCGCAAAGUUCUGUUUAGUUAUUAUUAUGAUGAGAGAAGAAAUCUAUAAAAUCUUAAACUGAAGGAUAAUUUUGUUGACUCAUAUGAAUUCAUUUAAUCGGAUAUUCAAAAGUGUUCAGUUUACAUGUUGAAUAAAUUGAAAAAACAAUUGAAAUUGAAUCCAAGCACAUUCAUUGUUCAAGAUGUUUUAGGAGAUGAAAAAUGCCCUUAGCUAAUCAAAGUCAAUGCUAAUUAUAAGCAAUAUGCUGCAUUUAAAGUACGUCUAUUUUUGUUAUCAUAGUAAUAUUAAUACGUAUUAUUGAAGAGAAUGAUAUUUACAAUGAGACCAACUCAGAUCUAUGUUUCAAUUUUUUACUAAGAAAAGCGAAAAAAGUUUCAUUUGUAUUUCUAGAGUAUGAAAAAUUGUAAGAAUGUCACAAUAAAAUACUCUCUAAAGGAAAUUUAGCAAUGCAUUCCUAGUGCAAUUAGUUUACUUAAUUUAGGAUUGCAUCAGGAAUUAGGUAAAAGAAUAUAUCAGAGUUUCAAAAACAGGCUUUUGGUUUCUACUUAUUAAUAAUUAUUAUGA